AUUUAAGGCCUUUUUAACAAAGGAUUUUUGCCCAUCCAAUCCAAUCCUACACAAAAGAGUUAAGCCAGACGAAUACAAGAAAGAACCAUUGGCGAUCCCAACAAACUUAAGAGAACCCACAAAAAAAAAAAAAAAAGACUCGAUAACCCAACGCGUGUUUCAUCGAGUAAUCAAAAAGCCCCCAAAACCGCUGUAAAAGGCGACGCAGCCAUUACAUUCUUGUCAGCAUCUUGAUGGCCACCAUUCGGUAUGUCCUCCUCAGAAUUCCUAACACCGCAAGGCAGUCCCACGACCACACCCCGCACAUCCCGAACCCAAUACGCAGCCCUCCCAGAUGAUGAAGAAGCAGAUUCGGAUCACCUAUCGGAUAAUGUCCUAGACGAAGCGAGACCGACGGGAACGUUUGGAUCAUCUUGUGUGAAUAUUUGUAAUACGAUAUUAGGGUCUGGGAUGUUGGCUAUGCCUUCGGCUAUUGCAGGUGUUGGUCUCGGCCUUGGAAUCAUACUUAUUGGACUCUCGGGGGCGGCAUCGGCGUUUGGUUUAAUCUUGUUGACACGGGUUGCAGCUCAAGUGGGGAGGAGUUCGUCGUUUAAUGCAUGUGCAAAACGGACAUACCCGAAUGCGGCAGUGUUUUUCGAUGUGGCGAUUGCGGUCAAGUGUUUUGGGGUGUCGGUUUCGUAUUUGGUUAUUUGUGGGGAUUUGUUACCAAAGGUGGUUGAAGGCUUUGCACCAGGGACACCACAAGACUCUAUACUCCGCACCAAACUCUUUUGGAUAUCUCUUUCUCUCCUCCUCGUCUCCCCCUUUUGUUUCCUCUCCCGUCUCGAUUCCCUUCGAUACACAUCCGCCUUUGCCCUCCUCUCCGUCGUAUACCUCCUCCUCAUUGUCGUGUAUUAUUUCCUGGCGCCUACAAACGACAUGCCACCACAUGUACCUUGGGGGGAUGUGAGGUGGUUUAAGGUGGAUACAGCUUUUUUUGGGUAUUUGCCGAUUUUUGUGUUUGCGUUUACGUGUCAUCAGAAUAUUUUCGCAGUAUACAAUGAACUCGACGAUAAUCGUCCCCAACGCAUCACAGGCGUCAUCUUGACAUCCGUCGGGACAGCCUUUUCCGUGUACGAAACGAUUGGCAUAUUGGGAUACCUUACAUUUGGAAACGAAGUAGCAUCCAAUAUCAUUGGCCAAUACCCACCCAGCCCAUUUAUCACCGGCGGCCAACUCGCCAUCGCCCUCCUCGUCCUCCUAUCCUACCCCCUCCAAUGCCACCCCUGCCGCGCCUCUCUAGAAAAAAUCCUAACCCACAUCCGAAAGCCAGAAACAGAGGACCUAUCAUGGACGAAAUGGGUAGGCAUGACGGUGGUGAUUAUGGUAGGGAGUUUUGGGGCGGCUGUGCUGUUAAAGAAUCUUGCAACGGUUUUGGCCUAUGUGGGCGCAACGGGUUCAACAACCAUCUGCUACAUCCUCCCCGGAAUCUUUUAUUACAAAUUAACGGAAAAUACACCAUGGAAUGCAACAAGGGUCGGUGCAGUCCUUCUUGCAUUCACAGGAUGCGUGAUCAUGGCGACGAGUUUGGGGAGUUUGAUGGUUGGAGGUGGAGCUGGGCACUAAAAAAACGUCAUGGUGGCAUGAUGUGCAUGGCUAUACAAGUGGGAAGGGAAAUAGAAAUAAUAUAACUGCAAUGAUGGAAUUUUUACUGUAAGAGAAACAGUUUACAGGGAUACGAGAAAAUCUUAGCAAAAAAGCAACAUUGUAUUAAAAAUAAACAAAUGCGAAUCGUUCUUUUUUGUCUACAGAAAUGCUACUCGAUGCGAUACAUUGUGAAG